CCCACUUCGAGAGCAGUUUAUGGUGAAAAUGAAACAGAAAGUCUGAACUCCCUGGAAGAAUGUUAAUGAAACCUCCUAGGAAAACAUUCAGGGAAACAGAGCCUCCCUGCAACCUAAAAAUUGUCAUCUAAGAUCAGUAAAACAAGAUCCAGGCCAUCUGAACAUUUUUUACCUUUGACCCGGGGGAAGAGUGGGGCGGCUGAAGACACCCUGCUAAUGGAUAUAAAUGAAGAGAACUGUGACUUAUACCUUGGGGAAGAAGAGGAUUCAUCUCAGAGAGCACAAGCUGACGCUCUAAAACCAAUGGAUGCUGCUGUAGCAGAAUCCCACCUGAAGUGCUUGCUGCUGGACCUGGGGUUGGAGCAACACUUCACAGAGAAGCUAACCCUGAGCACUGUGCUGCAGAUCGGUGAGAAGACCAUCACAGAUGAACCUGCUCAGACUCUCUCAGCCCUACCAUGGACUUUCCUGAAGAGGUUAAUGAUGGUUAAUGUAACAGCUAGGAGUGUGAAAUGUACCUCAUCAGGAGGCGAGGGAAGUUGUGAUGCUUCAUUUUGCAACAUAGACCUAGAUCUGGAGAGCCUGGUUAAUAGUCUGGACUCUAGUAAUGUUGUAAACCCCUUAGACAUUGUUACUGCUCUCUUUCUGUGCUCUAACGGUUUUCUGCAGCAAGAGAUGGUCUUGAAAAUGUCAAUGUGUCAGUUUUCUGUGCCCCUGCUUCUACCCAAUUGUGACACAAAACAGUGCACGCUCAUGCUUUGGGCAAUGCGAGACAUUGUCAAGAAGUUCAGACCUCAUUCAUUGGCAGACCCAAGAGGAUUUGUUGAAGACAGGAUUGUUUUCUCUGACCUCCCUAUGGUCUCUUUUGUCAGAUUGGGUGAGUGCUCUCUGUCCAAGUCACAGAUUCUGAACAAGCUUCUGAGUAAUCCCCAACAGUAUCACGACACGUUUGUCCACCAUGACAUGGAAUGCGGUGAUAGCCCAAGGAGGAUAUCCAAUGGAUUGGUUGAGAUAAGCUGGUACCUCCCCUGUGGGAAAAAUAAUAUUGACAUCUUUGGUGAACCGGUCGCUGUAGCUAAUCUAAGAGGGGACAUCAGUUUGUUUGAGACACAGUACUCCUUUCUUUGUCAGACUUCUGUAGCAGUCUUUGUGUUCUUCGACAACUUGGAUAUCAAGUACAAUCUACUGACCAGCCAACAUACCAAGGCACACCUGUUUCUAGUGGGUAACAUACAGAGCAAGAGCUUCAGCAUUGAUGCUUUGAAAAAAACCGCCAAAGAGCUGAACUUGAAGACUAGCAACGUCAUCCUGAAGAACAAACAGAUGAAUGAUGCCGAAUUUGUAAAGAACCUGCGAAACACAGUUGGUGAGGUGAUCAAGAGUUCAAAGUCCAAAAUGCCAUUGGAGCAGAUGGCUGAAGUGGCACACGAGCUCGGGAUCUUGGUUGACGAGGACUGCCAAGAAUGUCAGAGUGCAAAGCAAAAUGCAGAUGCAAUCACGUCAAUCAUACAUGAUAUACCACAGUAUAAGGAAAGUCAGCUUCCCUUGCAAGGACAGAUCUGGAAGGAGCUGGCACGUCUAGAGAAGGAGGAAUGCAGACUGCGGAAAGCUGGGAAUAAGAACAUUGAGACGUACAAAAGUGAUCUCCAAUCACAGAAGACACAACUCAGGAAAAAGCAGAGCAACUAUGACAUGUCUUGGGCGAUGACUUUCUUCAUAAAUGCAAUGUCAAGCACGGGGCUAGAAAGGUCCUACUUCUUGAAAUGGAUGCGAAUGAACCUGGACAAUCUGUCUCGUAAAAACUUGUCUGGCCUCAGAGAGCAGUACAAAGAGAAGUGCCAGAACUCCUCUGAUAACAAAGAAGAAAUUGCAGACCUUGACAGACAGAUUUCAAACAGUUCUUUAGGAACUGAACAUUUCCUACGUGAAAUGGGUCAACUGUACGAAUCUGCGGUCUUACUGAGAGAAACUGAAGAGUCAAGGCAACAACUGCAGCACCUGCCCAGACUAUGUGCUGAGCUGCUUCUGGAUGGGUUUCCUCUGGAGCUUGUGGAUGGAGAUGCGUCCAACAUACCUCUGAGAUGGGUGAGUGAUGUGCUGCAUCAGCUCAAUGUCUUGGUGCAGCCAAAGAACAAGGUCCUGGUGGUAACCGUUCUAGGUGUUCAGAGCACAGGAAAGUCCACUCUACUGAAUACAAUGUUUGGAGUGCAGUUCGCAGUCAGUAGUGGCAGAUGCACAAGAGGGGCCUUCAUGCUUCUCAUCAAAGUCAAAGACGACUUCAAAAAGGAGCUGAACUGCGACUUCUUAGUGAUCAUCGACACAGAAGGACUGAAGUCUCCAGAGCUGGCACAGCUGGAUGACAGCUAUGAGCACGACAAUGAGCUAGCCACACUAGUUGUUGGGCUGAGUGAUGUCACAAUAAUAAACAUUGCCAUGGAGAACUCAACCGAGAUGAAGGACAUCCUUCAAAUUGUUGUCCAUGCUUUUCUUCGAAUGAAAGAGGUGGGAAAGAAACCCAGGUGUCAGUUUGUCCACCAGAAUGUGGCAGAUGUCUCGGCACACGACAAGAACAUGAGAGACCGGAAAAUGCUCUUGGAGCAAUUGAACGAGAUGACCCAGGCAGCGGCCAGAAUGGAGAAAAAGGAAGCGAACAAAAGCUUCACAGAUGUGAUGGAGUACAACCCAGAGACUGGUAACUGGUACAUCCCUGGACUUUGGCAUGGCAACCCUCCAAUGGCACCCGUCAACGCCGGGUACAGCGAGUCCGUCUACGAGUUCAAAAAGAACAUGUUCAAGGUCUUCCAGGACUGUGAAGCCUCUGGGAACAACAUCAUGGACUUUCUGACGUGGACAAAAAGCCUUUGGAAUGCUGUGAAGUAUGAAAACUUCAUCUUCAGCUUCAGAAACAGCCUGGUGGCUGAUGCCUACAUGAAGUUGUGUGUUGAGUUCAAUAAGUGGGAAUGGUCAUUCAAAAAGCACAUGCACACAUGGACAACAAAUGCUGAAACAAGGAUUUCCAACUUUGGGACAGUUGCAAUGAAAUACCAGAUGGCCAACAUGAGGGAUUUUCACAGCAAAUUGAAAAUGGAUGCCUCAAUGGAACUUAUCAAAUGGGAGAAGACCAUUCUUGACAACCUGACCAAGUACUACGAACAGCCAGAGGGCCAUGUCUAUCUUGUGGAGAGAUACAGAGAGGAUUUCGCAAACAGCACCAAAAGUAUCAAAAGUGAGAUGGAAAACUCUAUAAUGAGUAAACUGGUAGCUGCUUUUGAGAUUCAAAAAGGAAUGAUCAAGCUUGGCAUAAUCAAGAAGAACCACACAGAUGUGAUGGAGAAAAAAGUGCUGAAGUUGCUUAAUGACUGCAGAAAGAGGCAAUCUCCGUUGUCAGUGAAGGACCUUGAUGGAGAAUUUGAAAAGGUGUGGGAGGAAACCGUGCAGGAGCUGUCGAACUUUGAAGGAUUAGUGUCACAAGACGUUUUGAGUGAUGUUUCCAACCAGCUCCGGUCUAACAUGAUGCAGAAGGGAAGUUCAGUGAAUGAAAAGCUGAACAAAGUGAAACUUGAAGAUCAUGGAAAACAACCCUUCAUAGUCUCUCCAGAUGGGUUUUUUAAGAAAUUAGUAAAGGGGUUUUACAUGGAUGAGCACACAAGAAAAACCCAGGCCAUGGCAGACAACCUUGUAACCAAAUGCGAAGAGUUUGUGUUCGAGAAGUUCCAAAAGAAAACGGACUACCAUGAAACAUACAUACAAGAGAUUCUGCACUUGAUUGAAGAGAAGCUGGAUGCCAACAAAGAUCUUGAGACAAGCCUCAAAUUUGAACUGAACAUCAAAUUGCAUAUUUGUGGGUCUGCAGCCAGGACCUUCCAGAAUCUGCAUGAAAAGUUCAGAAAUGACAAUAAUCCUCGUUGGUGCCUUGAACAGUUCAAAGGUAAAUACUUGGCAGAUUUCAAAGACUUGUUCAAUGGACAAGAUCAGUGUCAGAAGAAAGCCGAGCGGUUCACCACCCUGUGUCUCAAACCUGCAGUAGAAGCCUAUAUUGCCAGUUCCCUGGGUCUGGAAAUUGUUGACGAAAUGCUGACGGGACAGAAUGCCUCUCAAUUCAGCUCUCGGGCUUUUUUCCAGUACUCUAUCCUGAAGCAACUACUGUCAGAAUUCAACUUUGCCAAGUAUGUGAGCUACAUUUGUGACUACGAAGGCUUUGUCAAGAAUUGGAUUUUGGAUGAAAUCUUGAAACGCUUCUCACAAGGAAAUAAAAUGUUUGAAUUGGAAGACUGUCAACUCAAAGGGAUCAUCAGUGUCAUCACUGAGGCAAUCAAGAAAGCACAGACGAAUGAGAAUGGCAACAUAAAGAAAUUCAUUGAGGACAUAUGCAGGUACCUUGGAGAGAAGCUGGUGCUUCCCCAAGAUGCGUUGAAAGCCACCAUGAUCCUCAACAAUUCCAAACAGGAAUCGUUUUCCCACUGGCUCAAAACAUCUGUAGCGGAGAUGGAACAGUCGCUGAGAGAAGAGUUCCAAAGAGCAAGGGAUAUGAAAAAGAAAUUGGAAAGACAGAACAUCAAGCCGCAGAAUGAGCUGUUCACAAGAGUGUUUGGCUGCGGGAAGCAGUGCCCAUUCUGCAAGGCACCAUGCGAGGCAGGAGGAAAAGCCCACAGAGACCACUGUGCCUCAAUACACAGACCAGAGGGACUUGGUCGAAAUAGGUUUCAGGGCUCAAGAAAACUUGUCACAGAUAUCUGCUCCUCUUCAGUGUUCACUGAUGCCACCUUCAGCUGCUAUGCAACAGGUGGACAGAGGCAUCCUUACAAGAAAUACCGGUACAUUUACCCUGACUGGCAUAUUCCUGCGGAUGCCAGCAUACAGGCCUCAGACUACUGGAAAUUUGUGAUGGCAAAAUUCAACGAGCACUUUGCCAAAAUGUAUGACGCAGAGCCUGCAUAUAUUCCACUUGCCUGGAGACUGAUCUCAAAGAAACAGGCAGAAGAAAGCCUCAAAGAGUCUUUUAGCAUCAAGGGAGAUUCUCUACAAUGCCUCAAAGAGCAAUAGCCUUAACUUGGUUUGACUGAGUCCCGACACAUUACUACUUCUCAAGAGACUUGACUGCAUGGAACAUUAUUAGAUUCAACACCAAACUAGUGUUCUUAGUUUUCAGUCAGGACAUGGGCCCUUGAAAUCUACCAAUAAAAAAAGCCAUGGAAUGGUAGCUGGUAUGAUAAUCUGUCUUGCAAUUGGCCUUAGAUACUUGUCUGGCCAAACAAUAUUGUGGGUCUUAUUUGCUAGGCUGGAAAGCAAUUUAUAAAAUAAUUGAUCCUACUGUGAAUCAGUCUACCUAGGGUACUAGGCUCUGAUGCUAAAUUGUUUUUCAAUGCUUAAGAAUUUUACUUUUGUAUGUAAACAGAAUUCAAGUUUCAAAAUUGUACAUGUUCAUUGCAUUUUAUUCAUGCCUUAUACGUUUUGGGAAUCCAAAACGUAUCUUCAUAUCCUCACAAGGGAAGUGAAAUGAUAGGCUACAACAAUGACUUUGCUCAUGAUGCACGCCAGACACGAAACACCAAUACAAAUGUAACAACAACACAACAAAAUAGAUUUUAAAAAGUUCCACAGGUGCCUUUUCAUUAUAGGAUACUUGUGUUUCUAGCUGCACCAAUCAAAGCAGUGUAAUAGUGAAACAAAACUUUAGUUGUCAAAACCAUUCAUCUUAGUGCGAAAGGGGGAGCGGGUUUGCAAAAUGCAAUCAUAUCACGCAAUUAACCAUUAAUAAAAU